AUGGAUUUUACCAUUACAAAGCCCCCUACGAAGGUGAUGAUCAUUGGAGCCGGGUUUUCCGGACUAACUAUGGCAUGCCAGCUUCAGCUUAAACUUAAUUGCUACGACUAUAUUAUCUAUGAUCGUUAUGCAGCGCCAGGGGGGACUUGGUGGGCGAACAAAUAUCCAGGAUGCGCUGUUGAUAUUCCAGCUGUCUUUUACAGCCUCUCCUUUUGCCCAAAUCCCGAUUUUUCGAAAGCCUUCCCCUCCCAGCCAGAAGUCCUAGACUACUUCAAUAAUGUUGCCAAAAAAUUUGACAUUCCCCGUCAUAUUGUCCCAAAUACUGAAUGGGAAGGAGCUUAUUGGCAAGACUUGACAAACACCUGGCUAGUCAAGUUGAGGAAUCUGUCAACCGGUGAAUCAUUUUAUCAGGAAUGCAAAAUUCUUAUAUCUGCUGUCGGUGGGCUGGUUAAUCCCAAUAAAUUUGAAGUUCCGGGAGUCGAUGUGUUCGAAGGUGAUAUUGUUCAUACCGCGAGGUGGAAAGAGGAUAUAAAUCUCGAGGACAAAGAUGUGGUUGUUGUGGGCAACGGGUGUUCCGCGGCUCAGCUCAUACCGGCAAUUUUUGAUCAAGCGAGGAGUAUCCGCCAAUUUAUCCGGACACCACAGCAUUAUGUGCAAAAUGAGAAUAUAGACAUUAAUAGUUACUGGAAGCUUAUGUUCCGCUACAUGCCAGGUGCUCUUUGGAUCCUCAGAAUGAUUGUAUUUUUUUAUCUCGAGAGCACGUCUGCUAGAUUCAAUAUCAGUGCAACCGGCUCCAAGGCAAGAAAUCAAUCAGCAGAAAGGAGCAAGGAUUACAUUCUUAGAACAGCACCCGAGAAAUAUUGGCCGCUUCUUAUACCAACAUACGACAUGGGAUGCAAACGUCGUAUAUUCGAUAAUCUCAAAUAUGUUCGUUGUCUGCAACAAAACAACAUCCACCUCACAGAUGACGCCGUCAUUUCUCUUCAAUCCAAGUCAGUUUUGACCAAGUCAGGACAGGAAUAUCCCGCGGAUAUAAUAAAGCUAAAAUCAUCUUCAAUUAAGCUCCUUGCAACUGGGUUCUCGCUCACACAGUUCGAUGUUGAUAUAAGAGGCCGAGAAGGGUACAGCCGAGAAGAGCAUUGGAAGAAAUUUGGUUACAAAGAGGCCUACAAGUCUAUUGCGAUGUCAAAAUUUCCCAAUUUCUUUUACAUACUGGGCCCCAACUCAGGUAAAGGCCACACGUCCGCAAUUUACUCCAUUGAAAAUUUUUCCAAUCUUGUUAUCAAGGUCAUCGAGCCGGUGGUCAAUGAUCGCUCUUCAUUUGUGGAAGUCAAAUACGACAAGGAGGAAACCUAUAACCGUCAACUGCACGACUCCCUUGCUCAGACCAUUUUCAACACCUCAUGUGGCAGUUAUUUUAUCGACUCCAAAACAAAAAAGAAUUGGUUCGUCUAUCCAUGGAGCUCCUACUUCAUGUGGCUCGACACACACUACUGGAACCGCACGGAUGAUUGGAUUUACGGAGUAAGUUCCAUGUUUACCCGUUCCUCAACAUAA